AUGUUACACAUCAUCCCCGCCGUAGCCGUGAUUUUAGUAGGUGCUCGUUUCUCUGAUGCUCAGACUCCAAAAUCGAAGUUCGAUUCCAAAGUGAUAGCCUUAGGUGUAAAGUUCUACAAAGUGGACGAAAUUGCCAAGCUCACCGACUGCAUCGAUGACUCCUUCUACAACAUUGCCACUAUGGAUGAAAUUAAAGACAUGGACAGCUGCUUGAAACCGGAGGGGCAGACUACUAUGAAGUUGAUUGACAAAGUUUCACCAUCGGCUUAUACCGUUCUACAAAAUGUUUAUAAUAAGGUGAUCGCCGAUAUAAAGACUGCAAAGGCUGCUGGGAAAACAAAAGCUGCCGUCAUGGACAUUGGAUAUACGACCAUCGCGGGGCAAGUGACGAAACCACUAAUGGAAAAACUGUGUACCACACUGAUACCGAUCAUCACGGGACUGGAAUGGAGGUGCUAUCUAUCUAACAUCAAAAGUCUCAUUGAUAUGACUCUAUACGAAUGCUCGAAGAUUGUCAAGACGUAA